UAAACGUUUCAAAGCACUGAGAAAAAAAUGCUGCAAGUUCAGACAGUAGACUAUUAUAAUAUCCCAGCAACACGGCAAAAAUAAUCAUUACUACCCUGAAAGCUGGUCUCACUGAACAAAGAGAACGGAUGUGUGGGCAAUUCCCGUACAGCAUGGGUUCAGGGGGUGGGAAGUGACGUAGAGGAGAGAAGAGGUUGAAAAAAUAAUAAUAAAAAAAAAAAAAAGGUCCUCCACCCACUUGGUUGGAAAGGGUCAGCAUGAGGACUGGUGCACACCAAUAAGAAGGGGGAGGACCUACAGGCAGAAUAUUUAAGAUGCUGAUCCAGAGCAGGACUUGAGGGAAACAGGACAGAGCCUGGGUUAGCAGCACUAAAACGUUGCCUUUUGACUUCUUUUAGAAACAGAAGCUCUUUAAAAAACAUUUUUAAAAAAGCAUCAAGUCUAAAAGGAUUAGCAUAUCCAGACAUGACUAAAAUCAAUCUGAGCAUCCUAGCUUUAGGCGUCACACUGCUCCUGCUAGGAACCGGGGCCCAGAACCCCAAGAAGAGGCCAGCUCCCUCCAAGCCCCCCAAGGUUCAGUGCUGCGAUGAGGUGCGCUCGCUCAAGGUCCAGGUGGCCAACCUGACCAGCCUGCUCGAGGAGUUCGGCCGUAAGCAGAAGACGGACAUGAUGAAUGUCGUGAGGCAAAUCAUGGAGCUGGACAAGCAGGACCACCAGCUGGAGGGCCGGGUCACUGAGGCGGAGAGCAAGUACUCAGAGAUCAACAACCGUGUGGAGAUCAUGCAGCUCCAGACUCUGCAGUCGGCAACCCAGACUUCCUCAGAUGCCAUAUAUGACUGUGCAUCCCUUUAUGGAAAAAGCUACAAGAUCUCUGGCGAGUACAAGCUCCCUAAAGACGAGUUUUUGGGUGCACCUGAGCUCAGCGUCUUCUGCGAUAUGGAGACAAACGGAGGGGGUUGGACUCUGAUUCAACGGCGCAAAAUUGGCUUGACUUCCUUCAACCGAGACUGGAAGCAGUACAAAAACGGUUUUGGAUCCAUUCGUGGAGACUUCUGGCUGGGCAACGACCACAUCUUCCGCCUAACGAGGCAGCCCAGCACACUGCGGAUCGAGCUGGAGGACUGGGAGGGACAGACACGCUAUGCUGAGUACGGCUUUUUCACUGUGGGCAAUGAACUGAACAGCUACAAGCUGUUCAUCGCCAACUACAGCGGGAACGCAGGAGACUCCCUACGCUACCACAACAACACCAACUUCAGCACUAUGAACAAGGACAACGACAAAUGCGUGGAUGACUGCGCUGCCCUGCGCAAAGGUGGUUACUGGUACAACUGCUGCACCGACUCCAACCUGAACGGCAUUCUUUAUCGCUACGGUGAGCACACAAAGGGCACUGACGGGAUCACUUGGUACGCCUGGCACGGCCCCAACUACUCCCUGAAGAGAGUGGAGAUGAAGGUCCGACCAGCGGGUUUCCAACCCUAAACCUCAGCUGUGUCUACCGAAUCAAGAUCAUAAAUCUCUCUUAACACCUUUACGACCAAAUUGUGUUUUCAACUUAAGAGCAUUCAUUAGUAACAUUUUAGUUGUUUUAAGCACUGAAAUGUGUCAUUUUAAACCACUGUCCCUUACGGGCGACUGGAUUUUAAUCAGUUCUCUCAUUUUCGUGAAAGCACUACGUUGGGUUUUAGUUAAUAUUGGUUAUAGUGGAAGUCAUGGGGCACUUGUAGGGCAUAUCUAAAGACUUAAAGAAUAGUUUUUGUGAAUUGUUGAUGGAAUAUGACCUACGACAAAAGGUAUUUCCAAUAAGUAGUGUCUGAUGAAAUGUCAUGAUGGAAAUAUGUAAUUUGUAAAAUGUGUACAGGUUUUUAAUGAUGCCGUUUAAUGUGAUGGAAAAAUAAAGAUAUUUUUUAAAAGAAACACGA